UGAGAGGUUAAAGCUUCAAAAUCAAAUCCUGUUUCUUCCAACAACAAAAAGCCCUCAGUUUUUUUCUUUCAAAAUCCUCAAAUGGGGAAAUUCAUUAAGAAGCGCAAAACGGCCGGCGAAGUUGCCGUCAUGGAACUCUCCCAGACUUCCCUCGGCGUUCGGACCCGAUCCAAAACACUCGCCCUUCAACGCCAAAAGAAAUCCCCCACUUCUCCGGCUAAUGGAGCCGGCUCGUAUCUCCAGCUGCGAAGCCGACGGCUAGAGAAGCUUCCCGUUGUGGUGCACCACCAUGAUUCGAAUAGGCAGCAACAGCAACAGGAGAGGAAGAAGGAUAACUGUGAGCAAAAUCUUAGCCCUAAUUCGGAUUCUAUGACCCGGGUGAGUUGCGGGUCAAACUCGGUAGUGGAAAAGAAAAAGAGUGGUGACAGUGGAAGAGAAGACGUUGAGCAAGGAGAUAACGGAAAGGAUAAUAUUAUUAACUGCAAUAAUAUUAGUGUUGAAGCUUCUUUCGGAGAAAAUAUUUUGGAUAUUGAAGCGAAAGAGAGGGGCACUAGGGAAUCGACUCCUUGUAGCUUGAUAAGGGACCCAGAGAGUGUAAGAACCCCGUGUUCUACUACUAGGCCUGCCGACUCAGCAGAUACUAACCGGAGAUUACUCAAUUCAAUGCGGCGAAACAUCCCAACAUCGCAUGAAAUGGAUGAGUUCUUUGCUCUUGCAGAAGUAGACCAGCGAAGGCAAUUCGUUGAGAAGUACAACUUCGAUCCUGCGAAGGAUAAGCCACUUCCGGGACGGUAUCAAUGGGAGAAAGUGGACCCCUAGAAUCAUAUUUCCUCCCUAUACCUCAGUUGUGACUCGUGAGGGUGAUGGUGUUUAGUUCUCUUUUCCAUCACCUUUAUUUUUACUUGUAAAGAAAGAAGUAGGACUGUUAAAUAAUGUGUCGACUAACGAUUUGUAAAAUAGCAAGGGUAAUGAGUUACACACACCGAAAAAA